AUGACCUCAAACAGGGAGCCGCUUGUGUACACACUCGUCCUCAUCCGUCACGGCCAGAGUACUUGGAACAAAGAGAACCGCUUCACGGGCUGGAAAGAUGUCCCGCUCAGCGAGCAAGGUCAUGAUGAAGCAACUGAGGCAGGCAAACUGCUUGCUCAGGAAGGGUUCAGCUUUGAUCUUGCGUACACCUCCGUGCUCAAACGAGCAAUCGGCACGCUCUGGCAUGUACUCGAAGAGAUGGACCUCAUGUGGCUCCCAGUGACCAGAGCUUGGCAGCUCAACGAGCGUCAUUACGGAGCGCUCCAGGGACUCAACAAGUCCGAAACCGCCGAGAAGCACGGCGAGGACCAGGUCAAGAUCUGGCGCCGAUCCUACGACACGCCACCACCAGCUCUUGAAACCUCGGAUGAACGCUGGCCUGGACAUGAUCGUCGUUACGCCGGACUCGAUCCCAAAGACAUUCCAACCACCGAGUGUUUGAAAGAUACCGUCGAACGCGUGAUCCCUUACUGGAAUAACGAGAUCGCUCCGAAGAUCAAGGAUGGCAAACGACUCAUCAUCGCAGCGCACGGCAACUCUUUGCGUGCACUUGUGAAGUACCUCGAUGGGAUCUCUGACGAAGAGAUCGUCGGAGUCAACAUCCCGACAGGAAUGCCUCUGGUCUAUGAACUGGAUGCUGAACUGAAACCGAUUUCAAAGAGAUACCUCGGCGAUGCGGAAGCUGUGGAAGCCGCGAUGGCUGCUGUUGCCGCUCAAGGCAAAGCGAAGUAA